AUGACCAAAGAAGUUGGAACAAAGCCGAUUCCUCCGAAAUAUUCGGACAACUUCCCCGAAGGCUAUGGGGAUUUUGCCUUUCAAUCGAACGACGGCGACAUGUACGAAUUGGGCAAGAACGCCACAAACGAGGGUAUCUUAACCCUUGGCGAGAAUGCCAAAACUCUGGAUUUCUUGCUUCGAUUGAUAGACCCGACAAAAGAGCCACCACCUCUCAUAUGGACACUCGUGAAAGACGUAAUCGAAGCAGGGGACAAGUAUCAAAUAAACGGCAUGCUAGGUUGGUUCCAGAGAGGAGUAGAAAUGGAAGCACAUCAGGACGGUGUCAUCGACGAUCCACUACUAUGUCUCGAAUUGGCCGACCGAUAUAAAUUACCAGAUGUU